ACCUUCCAAGCCAGUAGGUGGCAAUACGUUUGAAUUUUCCCGCAAAAAACAAGGAGACAGAAGAAGAAGAGAUUGUGCGCGGAAACACGGAGCUGCAACGUUUUCAAUACUUCGAAACCUACAGGAAUUUUAAAAAUAAACCAAACCUCGAUUACCUCGUUUAGAGUCUUUUAUUAAUAUCUUCUUUAUACGCAUCAGAAUUUCGUGAUGGUUACUUUUAUUAUCCAACUUAUGUCAUAAGAAGUGGCUUCAGGGCCUCCACGAGGUCGUUCCCGCUUUGUUCUGACUGUCAGUUUUUGUAAAUUUAAGUCCAGAAUGUCCGGCUUUAACUUCGGCUCAAGCACCCUCGGCUCCACCGGCACCGGCGGAGGGUUCUCACUGGGAGCCGCGACCAGUGCACCUGCUGCAGGUACGGGUGGAUUUGGAUUUGGAGGGUUUGGCACGCCAACAUCCACACCGGCCGCCACCAGUACCACCUCAAAAAAACCAGCAACUGGAUUCACCUUUAACACACCUGCUGCCUCAGGGGCUGCUGCAUCCACUACAGGCCUUACUUUAGGGAGUCUUACCACCUCUACCGCUGCUUCCACUGGAUUCAGCCUGGGCUUCGGAAAGCCAGCUGCCUCCGCUACACCUUUCUCACUCACAGCCACCACCUCUGCAGCUACAGGCACAGGCCUGACUCUGGGAUCCAUCCUGACCUCCACAGCCCCUCAGACCAGCUCCACUGGCUUCUCCCUCAACUUAGGAGGAGCUGCCACCACUUCCUCCGCUCCUGCCUCAGGCUUUUCCUUUGGUUCCAGUCUCUUUUCCAAUCCCUCCUUGACAGGUUUGGGACAGUCCACUUUAGGUGGACCUCUGAGUCUGGGUGGUUUAGUCUCUACCUCUAUCGCGACCACCUCCGCACCUGCGCCCAGUCUCGGCCUGGGUGGAGUAGACUUCAGUACUUCCUCUGAAAAAAAUACUGACAAGUUAUCCAGCACCAGACCAGAAGACAGUAAAGCCCUCAAAGAUGAAAACCUGCCAGGUCCGAUCUGUCAAGAUGUGGACAACUUUCAGAAGUUUGUCAAGGAACAGAAGCAAGUCCAAGAAGAGAUCAGCAGGAUGUCUUCCAAAGCCAUUCUCAAAGUGCAAGAGGACAUCAAGACACUCAGACAGCUCCUGUCCGUCUGCGCCAGUGGGCUGCAAAGAAAUUCACUCUCCAUAGACAAACUGAAGUUGGAAACUUCUCAGGAAUUGAAGAAUGCUGAUAUCGCACUUCGCACCCAAAAGACCCCUCCUGGACUCCAACAUGAGAACACAUGCAGUUCUACUUGUAAAAACCUUUAUUUCCGGGCUCUGGUGGAGCAAUUUGAGGUGCAGUUACAGCAGUACCGUCAGCAGAUUGAAGAACUGGAGAAUCAUCUGACCACCCAGAGCACCACAUCACCACACAACCCCUCAGAUUUGUCCCAGGCCAUGCAGAAGCUCUACCAGACGUUUGUUGCACUUGCUGCGCAGUUGCAGGGAGUUCAUGAGAAUGUUAAGACUCUCAAACAUCAGUAUCUGGGCUACAGACGAGCCUUCCUCGACGACUCCACUGACAUAUUCGAGUCAAAACGUGUUGCUGGAAAGAAAUGGCAGAGCUCUCCGAACGUCACCACUGGCCCCGCACCCUUUGGCAGUGUUCCCAACGCAGCAGCCGUUGCCAUGGCUGCCACUCUCACUCAGCAGCAGCAGCCGGCUCCAGGACCACAGGCGCCCUUGGGGGCAAGUUUUGGCACUCCCUUUUCCUCGGGUAUUGGCACUAGCAUGGGCUCAUCCAGCCUCGGAGCAUUUAGAAGCGGCCCUGGGUUUGGGGGCGUGGCAACAGGAGGUUUGUCGUUUGGGUUUUCCUCUAGCAAGCCAUCUGGAGGGAGCCUGAGCGCAGGUGUGUUCGUUAGCAACACCUCUGGCUUCAACUUCAGUAACCCCGGCAUCAAUGCAUCAGCUGGAUUGACCUUUGGGGUUUCCAACACACAAACUCCUGGAUUUGGGACAGGAUCAGCCAGAAUGACCAUUGCUGCAUCAAAAAAACCCCCAGAAAAUAAAAAGGGCAAGAGAUAA